GUCUAAACGGGGGGGAGCUACGAGGUAGCGAGGUGACCGGAUUAGACUUGGGAAUCCUCCGCGCUCUGGCUCAGGCAGAGCAUCGAGGGCGUCGACAAGCGCUGCCGCAUUUUGCGGAGCUCUCCAGCGCACUCCGCGCCUCGCCGUCCGUGGAGGACCAGAACCUGCUGGCCCCCGCCCAGGUGAUGAUCGACAAGCAGUCCACCGAGCCGGCCGAGAACGGAGCAGGCAUCGAGCAUCCACCAACUUCGAUAACAUAUGACACAGGCUGUGAGAUUCCUGGAGACCAUCACGAAGAUCGCGCAGGAGGCGACCAACAAGAAGGUCGCCGCUCUUAAGCGCAUCCAUGGUGAUCGCGGUAUUCAGCUCUCGUCGGAAAGCGCAGCGGCGGGCGAAGCUGACGACGACAUAAAGAGCGUCGAAUCCAUGAUCGAGCAGGUCAAGAAGGGCCCGGCUUGCGCCUCCACGGCCCCGUCGACGAAUUCUUCGGUCCGGUCUUCGGCUGCUGGCUUCAGUAUGAGGAGGUUGGACGGCUCCCAGCCUGAGGUGGCGAACGAGAAACGUCGUUGGAUCGGCGCCUUUCCUCGGGCUCUUCUCGCUCGUGAGCGCCGUCUUCACGUUGAGCACGCUGUUCUUCGUCUUCCACCUCAGGGCCUGGCCGCCUCGACCACUCCGAACUUCCCUCGCGCGCCAGGGCCCUGCAGCCUUGAGUUCAAGAGCGAGCUCGAGGUGAAUCACUACCAGGACCUGAUUGCCACCCGCCCCGACGGCAUGAAGUGGUUCAACCCCGGGGCGAGCGCCCACCGCCAGAUCGAGAGCCGCAGGGACAUGCCGCUCGACGUCCGCGCUCGUCAGCGCGCCUGCAGCCACCGCUUCGCUAUGCUCAGGGAGAUGCUGUACUCGGCCAGCUUUCACAUGCAAGCGACCAUGCUUGGAGCCCAUGGCUGCAAGGGCAUGGUCAACCUGUGCGGCGACGCUGACCGUGGAGAGAUAUGGGAAACUACCCACACCCGUGGAAAUUAGCAGGCUGGGUGGACA